AUGUUGUUGCAAAGUCAACCAACCAACGCCAAUGCUCUGUUGCACAGCAUGCACACACAGAUUUUGGCGUUGACCACACAGCUUGCUGAGCUGCAGGCACACCCUCCUGCAGCGACCCCCUUGGUUGAGAAAAAGUUUAACAUAAAGGUCGAAGUUGUUGCUGACCCCAGCGCCUUUGAUGGAGAAAGAGCACAAUUUGCCAAAUGGUGGAUCAAACUCCAUAUUUGGGUCAAGGCAAAUUGGGAUGCAUUUGCCGAUGACUUUGAGGUAGCAACCACAGUGCUUAUGAAUGCAGGAGUGCUAAACCGUGGGAGUUGGCCUGUCUGGGAUGAUCUCAAAGUAGAGAUCAAAAAGUAUUUCAAACCGCAAGCUGAGCGUGACUGGGCGUGUCAGCAAAUCCGCUCCUUCAAACAAGGAAAUAUGAGGACAGACAAUUUUGUAACCCAUUUCCUGGCCCUCUCUAUCCAAGGGGGCUUAGGUAAUAAACAUGUAGUGGAACUGCUGGAACGCAAUGUGAACCCCCACAUUGCAGAACAGCUCUAUCUGCAGGAUAUGAGGAGUGACAACCUCUCCCAAGCAGCGGAGGAGGUUAGAAAUAUUGGUAGGGCCAUAGAGCUCUACAAAAUGCACCAAGAUGGCGGGUCCACCACCAAAUACAACAAUUCCCAGAGGAGCCCUGGGUCAUCAAACCAAAAAUCAAAUCAUUCUCACGGGUUCCAACCAGGUUGGGGAGCUCCUAUGGAUAUCGGCGCGGUCCAGGGCGGACAAAAGCGCAGAUUCACCUGUUUCAGCUGUGGACAGGAGGGGCACAUGGCCCGAGACUGUAUAAACGGAGCACGAGCUGCUCAACAAAAAAAUAACCAAGGGUGCCAGGCACACCAACUUGAAACCAAAAAACCGGACAAUUGGCUCCAGACUCUGGCUGGUCGUUCUUACGACAAAAUCCAGGCUUUCUUUUACGACCAACAGGUUAACAAAAUGAAGGCUCAGGGAAAAGAGUUUGGAGCUUAG